AUUAUUAUCUCAAUUUGUGAUACUGCCACAGAAUAUUCUGUGAUACUGCUGCUGCCACCCUGAUAAGGAUGCGGUUUAAAUAAAAGCGUGUUUACCAAAUAACCACCGAUUAAUAUUGUAUUGUAUUUAUUCGUUGUUGUCACUUGUCUGUCCUCAAAUUUAAAAACAAAGUACAUGUUAAAUUAAACCUUAUUUUUUUUUUUUUUAACUACUGCUACAUAGAAAAAACUUACAUUUUCAUACGUUAUUUAUACUUAAGUGUUACUAUAAUGAGUCAGUGUACUAGUGUUUGUAAGUUUUGCACGGAGAGUCCGAGUAGAUAUGUAUGCCCAAAGUGCGGAGCACCAUAUUGUUCCCUAUCGUGUUACAAAUCCAAUAGUCAUUUGGAAUGUACAGAACAGUUUUAUAAAGAAUGCAUUGGUGAUGAACUAAGUAUCCAAGAUCCUGAUCAAGUGGGUCAAAAAGAAAUGUUAGAUAUCCUAAAACGAGUAUAUGGCGAAAAUGAAGAUUCAGCAACUGAUUCUGAUGAUGAAGAUUAUACAGAUCUAAACCAACGGUUAAAUGGAAUUGACCUAGACGAUGCAGAACUAGUUUGGAAUCAUCUAACAGAUUCUGAAAAGGCAGAGUUUGAACAUCUGGUGAAAUCUGGUGACAUAACUAAAGUCUUACCUCAAUACAUACCUUGGUGGUGUUUACCGAUUGAAAAAAAAUUAGUAUCGGAACUUGGUGAAGAUGAUGAUAGUACAAAAUUCCCAUUGUUAUUUGCUAACAUUCCAAGUUUUACUUCCAUAUCGAAAAAGCCACCAUCUGAUUGUGUUCAAUGGAAUUUAGUAAACAUACUUACUUCUUAUGUAUUUUUGAUACGCUAUUAUAAUGGGAAACAUAAAUCAUACCUGUCAGAAUUUAUUAAUGGAAUUUACAAUUUAUCACUAAAUCUUCUCAACAAUCAAAAUUUUGAAUCAUACGAUACGGCAGUGAAAUCUGUUGAGUUAUGCAUUCUUGAACAUGAAAUGUUUAAAGAUUCCGAGGGAAGUUUCAAUUUAAUUACUGAAGAUUUAGAAGCUAUAUUUAACAAUGGCUUGCAAUCAAACUGUAAUCAUAAUGUUAAAUUGGCAUUAAGUGACUUACAUCGUUUAUUGUCUGAUUUCAAAAACCAUAAUAAAUAUAAUUCUAAAGAUAAAGUAAAACUGGGAGAUUUUAAUAAGAAAUUUCCUGAUUCUAAAGCAAGUUAUUCAAUUACUGUUGAUACCAAAAAAGCUCGAUUACUUUUGAAAAAAAUUGAAUAUUUUUUGUCGUGGGCAAACGAAGUUCGAAUACAAGAAGCGACGAAGAACUAGUAUUUAAAUUAUAAACUAAUUCUUGUUGUUUUGAAAUGUGUGUUGUAUAUAAGUAUAUUAUAUUUUAAUGAAAAUACAA